UUUCAAGAAAGAUUGAACUUCACUUUUGGAAAACAGAGUGAGUGUCGUGUCCUGGUUGGAGGACGAUGGCAAAAAUAUUGCUGUGUGAACCGCUGGAGCUUUUCAACCUCCUCAACCAGAGGUGUCGAGUCAACAGGCUGUCGGAGAUCAACUUCCUGUGUCUGUUCGACGCUCGCAAAGUUCAGGCCUUCAACAUGAGCCACAUCAUCACCGCCAGAAGUAUGAAAGUGGAUUCUGAAGGCAAAUUCCUGCUCCCCGAGUCUGUGGAGGUGGAGAGCAUGCAGCACGUGGUGGUCUACGACGGCAACACCAGCAGUCUGCAGCAGCAAGGCAAAGCGAUGGCGUGUGCCCGAGUCCUGGCCAACGAGACCAUCUACCCGGUCCACAUCCUGAAGGGAGGAUUUGAGCGCUUCUCUGCCCUCUACUCUUUCUUACGCACCGAGAAGAUCCUCUACACCAUCAGGGAGCUGGAGAAACUCAAGAGCUACCCGGUGGAGAUCCUGGCAGGGAUGCUGUACAUGGGCGACGAGGAGCAGGGCCUGGACCCGGAGGUCUACAGGGACCUCAAGAUCAAAGCAGUCAUCAGCAUCUCUGAGAGCAGCAACAUGGAGUCCAUGGACAGGAACCAGAGCAUCUUUUACAUCCCAGUGGCUGACACUGGACAUUCUGAUCUGUAUUCCAGAUUCGACAAGAUUUGCAGUUUUAUUGAUGCUUACAUCAACAUGAGGGCUUGCGUUCUGAUCGUGUCCAAACAAGGCAGGAGCCGCUGCAGCGCCGUGUCCAUCGCUUUUCUCAUGCACCACCACGGCUACACACUGGAGGACGCCUGGAGGUACAUGCUGAAAUGCAAACCCAGCAUGAGACCAAACACUGGGUUUAUAGAGCAGCUCUCCCAAUGGGAACUUCAGCUCCGAGGAGAGAAACUCACCAACAUUUCUGAGCUGGAUUUGUGA